CGGUGCCAACCGUGGUGCCCGGAUUUCGAGGCCGGGACCGGGGUAGCCAUGGGCGGCCGCAACAAGAAGCAGCGGGCGGGCAGCGCGGCCCACACCGCCUCUGCCGCCACCGCCGCUGCCCGGGCGCGAGCCCGAGCCGCUGCUGAGGCUGGCGCUGCUGCCGCCGUCGCCGCGGAGGCGAGCAGCCGAGUGGCGCCGCGGCCGCCGCCCGCUUCCAAGGAGCCGCGUGUCAAGCAAGGUCCAAAAACUUACAGUUUUAGUUCAACAACAGAUUCCAGUGCUGCUGCAAAUCUAGAUAAAUCUGUUCUUAAGGUAAUGAUAAAUGGUAAUUUGGAGGAAAGGAUUAUCGAUGUAAUCAAUGACCAUAAAGCCCAAAAUGAUGACAAAGGAAUGAUUUCCAGAAGACUUACUGCUAAAAAACUACAGGAUGUAUACAUGGCUUUACAAAGAUUUUCUUUUAAGACUGAGCACAUUGAAGAAGCAAUGAAAAAUACACUUUUAUAUGGUGGUGAUCUUCACUCUGCACUUGAUUGGCUUUGUUUAAACCUUCCUGACAAUGCUUUGCCUGAAGGUUUUAGCCAGCAGUUUGAAGAACAGCAACAGAAACCUAGAGCAAAAUUUUGUUCUCCUGUGUCACAACGUGAACCUCCACCUCGCUUAGCAGAUAACAAAAGGAAAGAAAAUGUCUCUGCAACUAAGGAGAGUGAUGUGGAGAAGGAGAAAGAAACUAGUGUGAAGGAAUGGAUUUUACGAUAUGCUGAGCAACAGAGUGAUGAAGAGAAGAAUGAAUCUGUAAAAGAGACAGAUGAAGAAAAGUUUGACCCAAAUGAGAGGUAUGUACAUCUGGCUGCCAAGCUUUCAGAAACAAAAGACCAAGCAAGCAUCUCCAAGCAAGACAAGGACAAGCAAGGCCAGAAGGUAGCGCAGGAGAAAAUAAGAAGAAUUCAGCAAGAAAUGGCAAUACUUGAAGAACAUCCAGUAUUUAAUCCUGCUGUAAAGGUAUCAAACCAACAACAAAAAGAAAAGAAAAAACCUCCUUCAUCUCAGCCUCAAGAAAGCACUUUGAAUUUGAGCUUGCUUGAAAAACCUGAUGGUGCUGCAAAGGAAGGGAAAGUGAAAAAGAAAGAACCACUAGAUGUAAGAAAUUUUGAUUACAGUGCUCGAAGCUGGACUGGUAAAUCUCCAAAACAAUUUUUGAUUGACUGGUGCAGGAAGAAUUUUCCCAAAAGCCCAAAUCCUUCUUUUGAAAAAGUUCCAGUUGGAAAAUAUUGGAAAUGUAGGGUCAGGAUUAUGAAAUCAUCAGAUGAUGUAAUGGCAAUGUGUCCUACAAUUGUAACAGAAGAUAGUAUGCAAGCACAACAUCUAGCUGCUACUUUGGCACUCUACCAUUUAACCAAAGGACAAUCAGUUCAUCAGUUACUGCCUCCUACCUACAGAGAUGUCUGGCUAGAAUGGAGGGAUAUUGAAAAGAAAAAGGAAGAAGAAAACAAGAUAGAAACGAACAAACCUCGUGAUAACUUUAUUGCUAGAUUAUUAAACAAACUCAAACAACAACAGCAACUGCAGUCUGAAAACCAGCCAAAAGUAUCUGAGGGUCCUGAGGAUUCCUGGGAAGACUUAGUUUCUGAUGAGGACUUCAGCAGUCUCUCCCUUGAGACCUCAGGCACAGAUAAUUUGGAACCUUCAAGGGUUUUGUUCAAAAAGCUGCAAAGUUCCUCCAGAUACCAGAGGCUUCUGAAAGAGAGACAGGAGUUACCUGUGUUUAAGCACAGAUACUCAAUUGUAGAAACUCUUAAAAAACAUAGAGUAGUUGUUGUGGCUGGUGAAACAGGCAGUGGGAAGAGUACCCAGGUGCCCCAUUUCCUGUUAGAAGACUUGUUGCUAAAUGAAGGAUCAAAUAAAUGUAACAUUGUUUGUACACAACCCCGAAGAAUCUCGGCAGUGAGUCUGGCAACCAGGGUUUGUGAAGAGCUAGGCUGUGAAUCCGGACCAGGAGGAAAAAAUUCUCUAUGUGGAUAUCAAAUUCGUAUGGAAUCAAGAACAGGAGAAGCCACCAGACUGCUCUACUGUACAACAGGUGUCCUGCUUCGGAAACUUCAGGAAGAUGGUCAUCUUUCAAGUAUAUCUCAUGUUAUUGUAGAUGAGGUACAUGAGAGAAGUGUCCAAUCUGAUUUCUUGCUAGUUAUUCUGAAGGAGAUCUUGCAUAAGCGUUCAGACUUGCAUCUGAUUUUAAUGAGUGCUACUGUAGACAGUGAGAAGUUUUCCAGCUAUUUCUCUCACUGUCCCAUUUUAAGGAUCUCGGGGAGGAGUUACCCUGUUGAGAUUUUCCAUGUUGAAGAUGUAAUUGAAGCAACUGGCUACGUUCUGGAGAAAGACUCAGAAUAUUGUCAAAAGUUCUUGGAGGAGGAGGAGGAAGUAACAGUAAAUGUUACUAGCAAAGGAGGAGGCACUAUGAAGUAUCAGGAAUAUGUCCCAAUCCAGUCUGGAUCUAGUAAGAAUUUGGCUCCUUACUAUGGAAACUAUAGCAGUCGUACGCAGCAGGCUAUUGUCUACAUGAACCCUUACAAGAUCAACCUUGAACUUAUUUUGGAGUUGCUUGCAUACUUAGAUAGAAGUCCUCAGUUCAAGAACGUUGAGGGUGCUGUGCUGAUCUUUUUACCAGGCCUUGCCCAUAUCCAACAGCUGUAUGAUCUCAUUUCAACUGAUAGAAGAUUUAACUUGCGUGACAGGCACAGGUUGAUAGCUUUGCAUUCUGUUCUUUCAACUCAAGACCAAGCAGCUGCAUUCACAAUACCUCCUAUUGGUAUUAGAAAGAUCGUUUUGGCAACCAAUAUAGCAGAGACGGGUAUUACAAUACCAGAUGUGGUGUUUGUAAUUGAUACUGGGAGAACAAAAGAAAAUAGGUAUCACGAAAGUAGUCAGAUGAGUUCCCUGGAGGAGACCUUUGUUAGUAAAGCUAGUGCUCUGCAACGACAAGGAAGAGCUGGGCGUGUUAGGGAUGGAUUCUGCUUCCGAAUGUACACAAGAGACAGGUUUGAAAGUUUCAUGGAAUAUUCUGUUCCAGAAAUACUGCGUGUGCCUUUGGAAGAAUUAUGCCUUCAUAUUAUGAAAUGCAAUCUUGGCUCUCCUGAAGAUUUUCUUUCCAAAGCAUUAGACCCACCACAGCAGCAAGUAAUUGGUAAUGCAAUGAACCUGUUGAGGAAGAUUGGGGCUUGUCUGUUAAAUGAGCCCAAGCUGACUCCAUUGGGCCAGCACCUCGCAGCCCUUCCUGUCAAUGUAAAGAUUGGCAAAAUGCUCAUAUUUGGUGCUAUAUUUGGCUGCUUGGAUCCUGUGGCAACUCUGGCUGCUGUUAUGACAGAAAAAUCCCCAUUUACUACACCAAUUGGUCGAAAAGAUGAAGCAGAUCUUGCAAAAUCAUCUCUAGCAGUGGCAGUUUCAGACCAUAUAACAAUCUACAAUGCUUAUCUGGGGUGGAAAAGGGCUCGACAAGAAGGAGGGUAUCGUGCUGAAAUGACUUACUGCAGAAGAAAUUUCCUUAAUAGGACUUCACUGUUAACUGUAGAGGAUGUGAAGCAAGAACUCAUACGGGUAGUCAGAGCAGCAGGGUUCACAGCACCUACAACACAAUGUGGAUGGGAUGGAAGUGGAGCCACACAACCCCUUUCUCUCCAUGAAAUAGCUCUUCUUAAAGCUGUGUUGACUGCAGGGCUGUAUGACAACGUAGGAAAAAUAAUAUACACAAAGUCUGUGGAUGUUACAGAGAAGCUGGCUUGCAUGGUGGAAACUGCUCAGGGUAAAGCGCAGGUGCAUCCCUCCUCUGUAAAUCGAGACUUACAGACAUAUGGAUGGCUCCUAUACCAGGAGAAGGUGAGGUAUGCUAAGGUGUAUUUGAGAGAGACUACUUUAAUAUCCCCCUUUCCCAUUUUACUUUUUGGUGGGGAUAUAGAAGUGCAGCAUCGGGAGCGUCUCCUGACAGUUGAUGGCUGGAUCCAUUUUCAGGCUCCUGUAAAGAUAGCAGUAAUUUUCAAGCAGCUAAGAGCUCUGAUUGAGUCUGUUUUAAAGAAGAAGCUUGAAAAUCCUAAAAUGUCACUUGAAGAUGACAAGGUCUUACACAUCAUCAAAGAACUGAUAAAAACAGAGAAUGGUAACUGAAACCAGAAAUCGGUAACAGACCAGAGCUUCAGUAAUGGCAGGGGAAAUACGCACUCCAGCAUUAACUGAAAGUUUUUAAAUGCUUGGCAUGGUUGAUACCAGCCAUGAUGUUGAAAGACUGCAUGAUUUUUGCAUAGAAUUUACCUUUCUCUGUAUCAAUUUUAAGGGUGAACAUUGACUAUGUUUAAGCCUUUAAAAUACACUUGGUGCCAUUUGAUUGUAGGAAUGAUGGGUGGAAGCAGUUUCUUUUCAGUGUAAAAAUGACUGUGGCCAAUUCCUUUUUUUUUUUUUUGUUUUGCUUAAUGUACUAAUAAUACCAUUACGGGUGGUACAGACUGUAAGUAAUGGUUAAAGGUUGGGUGCUGAAUCUCAGCUGAGUAGAAUUCCAUUAGAUGUGUGCAAACAGAAGACUUCCAUUAGAUGUGUGCAAACAGAAGACAAGUGUUUUCUUAUGUGGGCUUCCUACACGGUAUUUUUUUUUCUAUGAAUUUAUAGUAUUAAAGCAAUGCAUCUUAUAGAUGUCUUCAUUUUUUGGUAUGUUUACAUUAAGAAGAUGCUGUAUAAGAAGAUCAUAUGGACUGCCAUGAACAGGUGCUCAGCUGCCCAGCAGCUCCUCUGCGUCUUAGACUUGUUCCUACCUGUUCACCCUGACCCUUGUCUCUCCCUGCGUUGUCAUAAGUUUUGCUGUCCCUUUCAUACGUUAAGUUUUGCAUAGUCCUGUGAGCCCCCUCAAAUGAUGAUCAUGGUGAUCAUGGUUUUUCCCCCUUUAUUGAUCAAAGUUCAGGUUGAUCCUCUUCAGAGCUGAACCAGAGUAGCUUCUUCAGUGGCUGAAGCCUUCUGGUUUUCAGCAUUCUCUCUUAUCAUUUGCUCACCAAUGUUUGUGUGUCUGUGUGUUGCUUUUGUUUCUUAUUUCUUUUAUGCUGAAUAUUCCUUAACCAGAUAACUUAAUGAAGGGGAUGCUCUAACAUUCCACCUGUGCCCACACCAUUGACAAUUAUGAAGUGAAAUUUUAGAUUAUCACUCAGCUUUCAAGAAUGAGGAAUAUUUUUUGUGGGGGGAGAGUCUGUUAUUUAAACAAUUGCAGUCAAAUAGGAACACUAACGUACAGACAGGGGCAUAGUGUGGAAGAUAAUUUUGGUUUAAUGUGAAAAAUAAAAGAUUUCCUAUAGCAGAAGUUAAUAGAGGUUAAUAGUGUACAGAAAGGGCACUGAGGAAAAGGCAUGAAAAUGCAAAAUACAUAAAGCCAUCCAGUUUUAUUAUUAUAGUGGAACUAGUACUGCUCUGCCAAGAGAGAAAUAUAAGCUGAAAGUAAACCAGGUUGUGCAUGUUACCCUACAUUCAAUUCUGGAAGAGGCAAGUUCUCCUAACCGGCGAAGAACUCUGAAGGAAAACUGAUCACAUCAGUUACCCUUCUAUGAAUUGUGAUAAACUAGUGGUAGUCCUAAUUUCCUAGAAGAGCCAGGAAGUGCUUUUUUUUCCUUCUUUUUUUUAACUCCAAAGUACACAACAUGUGUGCAAGGAAGCAUUUAAACAGUUAAAUUCUGAUCUCAAGACCUGUUUUGCACUCUGUCUUCCCAGAAACAUUCUUUCAUGUUGAAGGCAGAGAAAUAAAAACCUGCUGACGACGUUCCUUGAAGAUGAAGCUUGAAUGCACAUUUGACAACUUCCUAGGUUUUUUUUCUAGUUGAGGUCUUAUAUUCUUAUCCUUUGGAAACAUGAAUUAGAAACACAUGUCAGUAAUUCAACAUCUAACAACAUCUAACAGUUGUUGGUUUUGAAUAGCUAAAUCUUAGUGAAAGUGUUAAUUGUCCUUGAAUUCUUUUCCAUUAUUUACCCAUGGUGAACAGAGAGGGUUUUGUUCCAUUUAUGUUUGGUAAUGUCGAAAUUCAGAGGCGUUCUUUGCGUUCCUCUAGCAUGUCCUGCUUUGUAAUCUUUUAAAGAGAUAGCUUAUUUCAGUUGUUAUUAAGGGGAUUUAUUGUAAUAACUGGGGAGCUGCACACUCUUUUGAGUGAGCAACAGUUUUCUUUAAAACUGAUCAGACUGCUGUACAGUUAUCUUAAAUUUAAAACAAACAGAAAAUGGUGACUACAGUGACUUUCUGCUUCUGCAGCGUGCGUGAGCUGCUUUUGUGCCUGUGCUCUUUUAGGUGGAUGGACUUUCUCUUUUGUUCCAGUUAAUAAAUACUUCUGUUAACUCUG